CCCUUAUGGAACCAAUCAGAUGUGAGAAAAUCCGGCCAUCUGACAGCCCUAAAGGCGGGAUUUCGAUUAUUUUCGCUUUUACCCCUCCUCCUCUGUUUCCAAAUGGAGAGAGGUCUUUUUUCUCCUCUGUUGAAUCUCAGAGUUCGCGGUGUCGCGGCCCAAGGGAAGACCACAUAAGAACACACAGAAUGCUACGACCAUCGAACGUUCCAAGCCGCCGUUUUGUAGAUGGGAAUGGCUUUUUCCACUUUGCCGUUUAAGAGAAAUAACUUUUUUUAAAGAGAAACGCUGAAUGUGCAAAGCGGUGGAGACCUCUGGAUCACGAAAUGUUGGGAUGGAAGGCGCAGACUUUGACUCGCCGUCUCCAACAGCAGUAUGAAGUACUUUACGGGUGUGAGAUCACCGAGAGUGAAACUGUGUUGCCUUGGGACAUUACCACACGCUUUCGGGGAAAUAUUAUAACGUGGAAAAGCAGAACCAGCGCGAAGUCUCCGCAACAUGGCCUCGGCAGCUAAUGCCUCCUCUGAGCAGGAAAACAGGGACCCCGAUCGGCCGAGGAUAACGCGGAGGAACAGGGGGAACUAUCUCUCAACAGCGCCUGAUUUGGAGUAUUUGCAGCGGCCAAGUUACUGCGAUGCAGCUUUCGCCUUGCAGCAAAUAUCCGAGGGGAAAGCGACUGGAAGAAAAGCACCGCUGUGGCUGAGAGCGAAGUUUCAGAGACUCUUGUUUAAAUUGGGCUGUUACAUACAAAAGAACUGUGGAAAGUUUUUGGUUGUGGGCCUAUUGGUAUUCGGAGCUUUCGCUGUUGGCUUACGGGCAGCUAAUCUGGAAACCGACGUGGAGAAACUCUGGGUAGAAGUGGGCGGCAGGGUGAAUCAGGAGCUGAAAUACACACGUCUGAAGAUGGGCGAGGAGUCCAUGUUCAGUCCCCAGCUGAUGAUUCAGGCACCGCGCCAGGAGGGCGCUAACGUGCUCACUUUGGAGGCGCUACAACAACACCUGGACUCAGCCAUCAGUGCCAGCCAAGUGCACGUUUACCUCUUUAACAGACAAUGGAAAUUGGAACAUUUAUGCUACAAAUCAGGAGAAAUGGAUACUGAAGCUCAUGUUGUGAACCAGAUCAUUGAAAAGCUCCACCCCUGUCUCAUCAUCACUCCGCUGGACUGUUUCUGGGAGGGAGCCAAGCUCCAGUCUGGAAUGGUCUACCUCCCUGGCAUAUCACACCCUCUGCAGUGGACCAACUUUGACCCCAAGGAGUUCCUGACAGGGCUUCGGGCUCUGAAGGUCCAGGUAGACAGCUGGGAGGUGAUGCUGGAGAAGGCUGACGUGGGACAUGGCUACAUGGACCGGCCCUGUCUCAACCCCCAAGACCCCGACUGUCCCCUCACUGCCCCCAACAAGAACACCACCAAGCCCUUUGACUUGGCUCGCAUCCUGACUGGCGGCUGCCAUGGCCUCUCCAGGAAGUACAUGCACUGGCAGGAAGAGCUGAUUGUAGGGGGGACCACCAAGAACGGCACCGGACCACUACUCAGUGCCCAGGCGUUACAGACCAUGUUCCAGCUGAUGACCCCUAAGCAGAUGUUUGAGCACCUGAAGGGCUAUGAGGACAUGUCCCAUAUCAACUGGAACCAAGACAAGGCCGCAGCCAUACUGGAGGCCUGGCAAAGGAAAUACUCAGAGGUGGUAAAGCAGAGUGUAGCAGCCAACUCGUCUCAGAAAGUGUUGACGUUUACCACCACCACUCUGGAAGACAUCCUCAAGUCUUUCUCUGAUGUCAGCAUCAUACGAGUGGCCAGCGGCUACCUGCUCAUGUUGGCCUAUGCCUGUCUGACCAUGCUACGCUGGGACUGUGCUAAGUCUCAGGGAGCCGUUGGACUGGCUGGUGUCCUGUUGGUGGCGCUGUCUGUGGCUGCAGGCCUGGGGCUCUGCUCUCUGCUGGGUAUAUCUUUCAACGCUGCCACCACACAGGUGCUUCCGUUCCUGGCACUAGGUGUAGGUGUGGAUGAUGUGUUUCUCCUGGCCCAUGCCUUCAGUGAGACGGGACAGAACAAGAGGAUCCCAUUUGAGGACCGUACAGGAGAGUGUUUGAAGAGGACAGGGGCUAGUGUAGCUCUCACCUCCAUCAGUAACGUCACUGCUUUCUUCAUGGCAGCUCUCAUCCCUAUACCUGCCCUACGAGCCUUCUCUCUACAGGCUGCGGUGGUGGUCGUGUUUAACUUUGCUAUGGUGCUGCUCAUCUUCCCUGCCAUCCUCAGUAUGGACCUGUAUCGCAGAGAGGACCGGCGUUUUGACAUUUUCUGCUGCUUCUACAGCCCUUGCGUUAACAGGGUGAUCCAGAUCGAGCCCCAGGUCCACGUGGACGGAGCGGACAGCAGUCGCUACAGCCCCCCCCCCUCCUACCACACCACCCCUCCCACAUACAGCAGCUCACCCCCGUCCUACAGCAGCCAUGGUUUCUCCCAGCAGACUCAGAUCACCAUGCAGUCUACUGUCCAGUUGAGGACAGAGUACGACCCCAGGACUCAGGCCUUUUACACUACGGCCGAACCCAGAUCGCAGAUCUCCGUACAACCCUUCACACCCACGCCUGUCGCCACUGGCCCCGCCAACAACCCCAACACCAGUCACGGAAACAACAACCACCACAGCAACCAUCUCAGCCGGAGUGGGAGUAGCAGUGGUCACGUCAACAACCACGGUAGCCGUGGUUCAGGCUCGGUUCCUUCUCCUCCCCAGUCAUCCUCUGGCAUCCCCACUGUCUCCCCCCAAGCGGGGGAAGUGCUGUGUGUGUCGGGGGAGAGUGCUAGCUCCACCAGGGAUCUGCUGUCCCAGUUUGGAGGGGCCUCUCUGGGGCUGCGCUGUCUGGAACCCCAUUGCUCCCAGUGGACCUUGGCCUCCUUUGCCGAGAAGCACUACGCCCCCUUCCUACUGCAGCCCACCACCAAGGUGGUGGUCAUCCUGUUGUUCCUGGCCCUGCUGGUGGUCAGUCUGUACGGGACCACACGGAUGCGGGACGGGCUGGAGCUGACCGACAUCGUUCCCAGGGAGACCAGUGAGUACGACUUCAUCGGGGCCCAGUUCAAGUUCUUCUCUUUCUACAACAUGUACGUGGUGACCCAGCGGGCGGAGUACUCCCAGGCCCAGCCACUGCUCUACCAGCUGCACCACAGCUUUAACACAGUCCGCUAUGUACUGAGAGAGGACGACGGACAGCUACCACGCAUGUGGCUCCACUACUUCAGGGACUGGUUGCAAGCUCUGCAGGAAGCAUUUGACCAGGACUGGGAAGCAGGUUGGAUCACACAGAGCAGCUACAGGAACGGUUCAGACGACGGGGUCCUGGCCUACAAACUACUGGUACAGACCGGGCGCAGGGAAAGGCCCAUCAGCGUUAACCAGCUGACUAGGCAGCGCUUGGUGGAUGCGGAUGGCAUCAUCAACCCGGUGGCAUUUUACAUCUACCUGACUGCGUGGGUCAGCAACGAUCCGGUGGCAUACGCAGCCUCGCAGGCCAACAUACGGCCCCACCCCCCUGAGUGGCUCCACGACCGCACAGACUCCAUGCUCGAGACACGGCUCAGCAUUCCUGCUGCCGAGCCCAUCGAAUAUGCACAGUUUCCAUUCUACCUCAACGGGCUCCGCGAGACCCCCCAGUUUGUGGAGGCCAUCGAGUCGGUGCGAGCCAUCUGCAGUAACUACAGCCGCCAGGGCCUACCCAGCUACCCCAAUGGCUACCCCUUCCUCUUCUGGGAACAGUACGUAGGCCUCAGACACUGGCUGCUGCUCUGCAUCAGUGUGGUGCUAGCCUGCACCUUCCUCGUCUGUGCCCUCUUUCUGCUCAACCCCUGGACUGCCGGCAUCAUUGUCCUGGUCCUAUCUCUGAUGACCGUGGAGCUGUUUGGUAUGAUGGGGCUGAUAGGGAUCAAGCUCAGUGCUGUUCCUGUGGUCAUCCUCAUCGCCUCUGUCGGCAUAGGAGUAGAGUUCACUGUACAUGUUGCUCUAGCGUUCCUCACAGCGAUAGGGGACCGUACCAGACGGGCAGUGCUGGCGUUAGAACACAUGUUUGCUCCUGUGUUGGACGGAGCCUUCUCUACUCUACUAGGAGUCCUCAUGCUGGCAGGCUCUGAGUUUGACUUCAUCGUCAGGUAUUUCUUUGCUGUGCUGGCCAUCCUGACCAUUCUGGGGGUGCUGAAUGGUUUGGUCCUUCUCCCUGUGUUGCUGUCUUACUUUGGCCCCUAUCCAGAGGUGACCCCUGUUGAUGGGCGUAGCCAGUUACCCACCCCGUCCCCAGAGCCCCCUCCUCCCGUGGUCCACUUCUCCGUCCACCCCUGCCAUACCACCUCAGGGACGGGGACAGGUACAGGCUCUGACUCGUCAGACUCUGAGUACAGCUCCAACACCACGGCCUUAGGCAUCAGCCAGGACCUGCAGCAGUACAACCUCCCCACCACUAGAAGCAGAGCUGGGAGAGCAGAGGAGGUGCGACGAGGAGCAGUACCAAGAAGGACAGCUAGACAGGGAAACGCCACAGCCUACUCUUUGUCUUCUUCGGUCCUGCCGGAGUCGGAUGCCCACCCCGGUGCAUCCCGUCGCUUCAGCAAGAGGGACCUACAGUCCCUUCCCCCAGCCGGCCCACGCAUGGAGGCUUUUGAAACUGAAGCUGGAGGCCAUUACGGCUCCGGAGGCCAUUUUGUCUCGGGAGGCCACCGAGAACGUUCUGCGGGGCACAGAACUCGUCCAUCCCACAACCCCCGGCCCAAUCACCACCAACCUCACCACUCUAACCCCGCCCCUACUUACUGCCAGCCCAUCACCACGGUAACGGCCUCUGCAUCGGUUACCAUCGCCGUCCACUCUACCUCUCCCCCAACUCAGAGCCCCACCUCCUCUUACCCAGGACACACUGCAGCAGACAGUUACCACACAGCAAGGGGCCCAGAGCCUGAGCCUGCCUUCCAGCACCCCCAUGUGCCACUGGAGGUCCAUACAGGUUGCAGAGGAACCAAGAUGGACACCAAGGAGGAGGCCAUGGAGCUCCAGGAUGUGGAGUGUGAGGCAGCUGAGAGCGACUGUGAUAAGAGGGCAAGCUGAGUGGAGGAGAGCAGAAGCACAACGGCCAAAGAUGGACUCCCUCUCUCACUCAGCGGCCCAAUGCAGCGCAGCUCAGCGACACACAUAACCCAGUGGUGGGUAGUACCAUGGUGCUCAUUCUUACUGUAACCCCGUGGAUGUUUGUCUUAGAUAUCUCUAUCCAUCAUUAAAAGAUGUAUACUUAUGUAAAUAUGAACAAAGAAGUAGCUAUAAUGUAGGAGUUGUACAGCUCCUUUUUUUAACAGACUGGGGACAUCAUUUCUAUGGCGUGUGUGUUUUUGGUUUUACUUUCCUUGUCGGGGCCAGAAGUCAUCACAAGCACAGUAAAACAAGAAAAAUGGGAGACAUUUAGCCAGUCCCCACACGGAGAAAGGCUAUUUUAAUCUUAGGGGUUAGGGUUACGAUUAGGGUGAUGGUUAGAAUUAGGUUUAGGGUUAAAUUAGGGGUUAAGGUUAGGGU